GCAGAAGGGAUAUGUAGUCACGAUCAGUGGGUUUUUAAACAGGGUUUGCCAUGCACACAGCCGCUCACUUGAUGGGAUUUUCGGACUCCUGAGAAAUGAUCUUUGCAGCUUUGUUCCAAAAGUUUUAAGGAACAGUGCCCAGAAGUAGGUCAAUGGAUUCCAGGAUUCCUCAUAGCAUCACCGUUGUACCCAAUUCAGUCAUGGUGCAACCUCUGCUGGAUGGACGGGUGCCUUAUGGAAGGUUACAGCACCCGCUCACCAUCCUGCCCAUUGACCAGAUGAAAACCACUCAUCUUGAAAAUGAUUACAUUGAUAAUCCAACUCUAAAUCAGCUAACUAGUCAGAAAAUCGGCAGGGGACACCAUGAACCUAUUCUCAUCAAUCAGCAUCUGCAAAGGUGCGAAGCCGACAUCACGCACCCAUGGAUAUCCUUCAGUGGACGGCCAAGUUCGAUUAGCAGCAGCAGCAGCACGUCCUCCGAUCAGAGGCUCUUGGACCAUAUGGCCCCACCACCAGUAGUGGAUCAGUCCCCACCCAGGGCAGUGAGGAUACAGCCUAAAGUGAUUAACUGCAAGCCUCAGGAUGUGAAGGGACCAAUUGCUCAGGAGCUUGACAAGCAUUUCUUACUCUGUGAGGCUUGUGGUAAGUGCAAAUGCAAAGAUUGCACCACACCUCGGACCUUGCCCUCUUGUUGGGUUUGCAACCAAGAAUGCCUAUGUUCAGCACAGAAUCUGGUCAACUACUCCACCUGCAUGUGUUUAGUCAAAGGAGUCUUCUAUCACUGCACCAAUGAAGAUGAUGAGGGCUCUUGCGCAGACCAUCCAUGCUCUUGCUCCCAAUCAAAUUGCUGUGCACGCUGGUCUUUCAUGGGUGCCAUGUCCCUGGUCCUUCCGUGCUUACUCUGCUAUCUUCCAGCCACUGGCUGUGUUAAACUCUCCCAGAAAUGCUACGACAAAGCUAGUCGGCCUGGCUGUCGGUGCAAAAACACAAACAGUGUCAUGUGCAAAGCUCCAGAGGCUGUCGGUAGACCGGAGAAGCCCUUCUGAUUCUGACUGGCGUACUCUUAAGGUUGUGUUUUAUGAACGAUGAUGUGAGGAGAGUAACG